AUGUCCAGCAUCAAGCCAAUCAAAGUCUGGGGCAAGGGUGGCCCCAACCCGCCCAAGGUCGCCAUCGUCCUCGAGGAGCUUGGCCUUCCCUACGAGGCCGUCGUCGUGCCCCUGGCCGAUGUUAAGAAGCCCGAAUACUUGGCCGUCAACCCCAACGGACGCCUGCCGGCCAUCCACGACCCCAACACCAACAUUACCCUGUGGGAGUCCGGGGCCAUCGUCGAGUACCUCGUCGAAAAGUACGACGCCGGCCACAAAAUCAGCUUCCCGGCCGGCAGCCCCGAGUCGUACGAGGCCAGGCAGUUCCUCUACUUCCAGGCGUCUGGCCAGGGCCCCUACUACGGCCAGGCCGCCUGGUUCAAGAAGUUCCACCACGAGAAUCUGCCCAGCGCCCUCGACCGCUACGUCAAGGAAGUUCAGCGUGUCACGGGCGUCUUGGAAAAGGUCCUGUCGGAGAAGAAGGUGUCCCCGGGCCAGGAUGGGCCGUGGCUCGUGGGUGGGAAGUGCUCGGUUGCCGAUCUCGCCUUCAUCUCGUGGCAAAACGUCAUUGGCAUCAUCUUUGACAAGACAGACUACAACCUCGAGGGUUAUCCGCACGUCAAGGCCUGGCAGGACCGCAUGUUUGCGCGGCCGGCCGUUCAGGCUGGGCUGGGCAAAUCAGAAAAGCUGCAGUAG